AGUAUUGCUCCGGCGAGUGGUGUCGUGCAGUUGCCAAGUGUGAAUGCGGAUGGGAGGAGGAGUAUCCUAGGUAUAGGUAUCCCACAGGCCAGAUGUGGCCUCGGUGAGAAGCCGCCAUUGGGUCGUAAAGGACCUGAUAAGGAGGGAAUUGAAGACACCACCGGGAGGGACUGUGUUUGACGCCCUGCCUACCCGAAAGUGCGUUUUUCUGCUCUCUUCCGAGUCGGAUUGAAUCUCCUCAUCCCCCGUAGGCUCUCGGUGGAAAGUGCCGGUCAAAAUGGAAGUGAACCCCCCCAAACAGGAGCACCUGCUGGCUCUGAAAGUGAUGCGGUUGACGAAGCCUACUUUAUUCACCAAUAUUCCAGUAACAUGUGAAGAGAAAGACUUACCUGGAGAUCUCUUUAACCAGCUCAUGAGAGAUGAUCCUUCAACUGUAAAUGGUGCAGAAAUUUUAAUGUUGGGAGAAAUGUUGACUUUACCACAGAAUUUUGGAAUCACCUCUUUUAUUCAACUUCACAGCCCUCUCUCAACGAACAUAUUUUUGGGAGAGACCUUUUCCAGUUAUAUCAGCGUUCAUAAUGAUAGCAAUCAAGUUGUAAAAGAUAUAUUGGUAAAAGCUGAUCUUCAGACAAGCUCUCAGCGUUUAAAUCUUUCUGCCUCCAAUGCUGCAGUGUCUGAACUGAAACCUGAUUGUUGUAUUGAUGAUGUCAUACACCAUGAAGUAAAGGAAAUUGGAACACACAUCCUGGUGUGUGCAGUGAGUUACACAACUCAGGGCGGAGAAAAAAUGUAUUUUAGAAAAUUCUUCAAAUUUCAGGUUCUCAAACCACUGGAUGUGAAAACCAAAUUUUACAAUGCAGAGAGUGACCUCAGUUCUGUGACCGAUGAAGUAUUUCUUGAAGCCCAGAUUCAGAAUAUUACGACCUCACCCAUGUUUAUGGAGAAAGUUUCAUUGGAGCCAUCUAUAAUGUACAAUGUAGCAGAAUUAAAUUCAGUCAACCAAGCUGGUGAAUGUGUAACUACGUUUGGGUCAAGAACCUAUUUGCAGCCAAUGGAUACACGCCAGUACUUAUAUUGCCUAAAGCCCAAGAAGGAGUUUGCAGAAAAAGCAGGCAUCAUUAAAGGGGUAACAGUAAUCGGGAAAUUGGAUAUAGUAUGGAAAACAAAUCUAGGUGAAAGGGGAAGAUUACAGACCAGCCAACUUCAAAGAAUGGCUCCAGGUUAUGGAGAUGUUAGGUUGUCUUUGGAGGCAAUCCCAGAUACCGUAAUCCUAGAGGAACCUUUUCAUAUUACGUGUAAAAUAACAAACUGCAGCAGUGAAAGGACUAUGGACCUAGUUUUGGAAAUGUGCAAUACCAAUUCUAUCCACUGGUGCGGCAUUUCAGGAAGACAGCUUGGAAAGCUGCAUCCCAGUUCCUCUCUCUGCCUUGCCCUUACUCUACUGUCUUCAGUACAGGGACUGCAAAGCGUCUCCGGCUUAAGACUAACAGACACGUUUUUAAAGAGAACAUAUGAAUAUGAUGACAUCGCACAAGUCUGUGUGGUAUCUUCGGCCACUAAAGUAGAAAGCUGAAGAAAAUUUCCAAUGUUAUGCUUUUCAUUGAGUUUCACAGGACUUUCUGUAUUUUUUGUCACCUUUGUAAAAUGAUCAAGUCAACAGUAAAAAGAAGUAUGCUAUUUAAAUUUCUUUCCUGUAAAACAGUUAAAAUAUUAAAUAUUUGUUUUGAAAAAAAAAUCUACUGAUUAUAUUUUGUGUUAUAUUUUAAAGAAACAUUUGUACAUUUUCUACACAUAUCCUAUUUGUUUCAUUUAGAUAACAAUUGGACUUCGUUCUUAAAAAGCUCUAUAUUUGAGGUCAUUUGUCCCUAGCAAGUAUCUAGACCAGGCAUCAGCAAAAUUUUUAUGUAAAGGGCCAGAUAUUAAAUAUUUUAGGCUUUGCAGGUCAUGUGAUUUCUAUUGAAGAUACUCCACUCUUCUGUUGUGGUGCGAGAGCAGCCACUUGGCCAAAAGAGCACAGUGGGUUUUACAAAUCAGGCAGCCAGCCUACAGGCCAUAGUUUACUGACCUUUAUCUAGGUACAACUGUUUCUUAAAACUUAAGAAUUUUUAUAUGUUAUUCAGUAAUAUUUCAGUUAAGUCCAGAUUUUUCGUAGCUCCUCAGUUAACAGAAAAUGUUUAAAACAACUGAGAUAGUCCUCAAAUAACCUUGUAUUUACUAACAGAGUAUGAAUUCUUCUAGUUGUUUUCAAAAUUAGUGUAUUGGUGAGUAUCUGUGUUAGUGUAUACAUAUAAACCUGCACAUGUCUAAGUUUCAGUUACCAACAGCAGAUCAGAAUUGGUUUUAAUUCUUAGAUUAUUGCUUACUCUCUUAACUUUUAACUAAGAAGCUUGACUCUUUUCUAAGUCCCAAAAUCCUGUUGUUUUUUUUUCAUAAAAAAAAGCCACUUAUUUUCAUAGGCAUAUUUAAAGAAUUUCCAGCUUCUGAUAUUUGACUUUGAAUUCUAAAUCAUGUAUUAAUAUUAUAAAACUUUCUACCUCUGCAUAUAAUCACACUAAUUUUACUUAUACCUUGAAUAAAAUAGUGAAAAAGAUUGAAAACAACUUUGCAACAUGAGUAUGUUUUCAAUAUUUUGUCAGGGAAAUAAAAGGUUAUGCUGUUAAAUAAACAAUUAUUUUGGUAAGUGGAAAUGUAAAGAU